GCAUUGGCUUAGAAUCAAGACCAUCAAUGAAAAGAACCAACAAGGUCUCAAGAUCGGCAGGAACAACAUCCAGAAACGUAGAUACAAAUCUCAACCACAAAACAGGAAACUGCAACCACUUCGAACGACAACAACACGUUUCUCGUAUUCCUUUCUCGUCUACCAUCCUCUCAUCUGUCCACCAUCCUUCUCCAACGCACCUCUCAUCAGCCAAAUACACAAACCACCCCUUUCCACAUUACAAUCAUACCAGCUUACAUACAACAACCACACCAAAGGAUGCCCACCAUGUCCAAGCCCCUAAACUCCAACAAACACUUCCGCAAACUCUGGUCAAAAAUGGAAGAAUUCUCCUCCACAACCGAUCCUCGCAGCAUCUUCAAAGCCGAACGCAUCGCCCGCCACUUACUCGGCUAUCUACCCCAUCUCCCUCCAUUCUUCGCUGUUCGCUGCUACAUGUGUCUGAGCUAUGGAGAUGAUCCCGAGUACCUUGGGUACGCUCAACUCGCUGUCAAGACUGUAAAGUGGAGUAUUGCAAACUUGCCGGGAGAGAGGACGGAGACUCAGAGGAUAGUGGAGGACUUGUUGUUGAGGGGCGCGGAGAAGGGGUUGUUGUAUGCUGAGAAGGAUAUGGAGCGAUUCGAGGAGAUUCAGAGGGCUUAUAGAGCUUCUGGAUAUUCGAGGAACUUUAAUGGUGGGCAUCUGCUCCACUAUGGUGGUAGGAGCGAUGAGGGUGAGUUGGAAAGAUAUGCUGGUGAUUUGGGUCUUGCUAACGUUGUUGAUGUCAGACUACCGCCAUUCUCUAGACGCCGUCGAGUAGCUUCCAAACCAUGACAAAGAUCGUGUCUGGCUGCAGCGCUGAACUGCCAUCGGGAUCGGAGGAAGAUACGAAUAUGACAUUGUCCACGGCAUCGAAGGUAGAACUGCGUUGAUGUGAGAAUGGAUGCCGAGACUACAGUACACAAAGCGCUUGAGACGGUGGUCGGAUACGCAUCAGAGGCAGACAAAUGCGCGAAGAAUAGCUCCCAAUGGCUGCACUGGACGGUGAAGAAGCUUUGCUCAUUCAUCUUGAUGUAGCCACAGAUACAACACUCAGUGAAUUGCCAACAUGAUUUCUAGGUUAUUACAUAAGCUCUCUUUUAUGAAAAAGUAUGCCAUCCGUAUAUGUUGAGAUGAUAGUGACAUCACUUUUUCCAUGUUAUAAGAUCGUCGAGAGAUAUCGAUUAUCAGCAUCGGUAAGCUUUCCAAACCGAGCUACGAGUAAUCCGACGCGUGCAACUCAUAUCUUUGGAUCUC